UACCUUCUUGUCUCCUCUUCUUUAUCUUUUAUAUAAAGGAAGCAAAAUAUCAAAGACUUUUGUUCAAACAUCAUUUGCAGACUGUCUCUCUCUUUUUUCCUCUCUCAUCUGCCUUGUUAAAGAAAAAAAAAAGAACAUGGCUGCUUUUGAGGGAAGCUCUGAUUUGGAUGCUAUACAGGAGCAUCUCUUGGAAGACUUUUUGGUAGCUGAUGGUUUCAUGGGAGAUUUCGACUUCAAUGCUUCUUUUGUCUCAGGACUCUGGUGUAUAGAACCUGUGAUGAAUCAAGUUCCUAAACAAGAACCCGAUUCUCCGGUUCUUGAUCCGGACUCGUUCGUCAAAGAGUUUUUACAAGUGGAAGUGGAAUCAUCUGCAUCAACGGGAAUUUCAGAGCAGAAUUCAUCACCACAUGAGACUGAUCAGAGUGCCUCAGCCAGGAAAAAAACAGAGAGGUUCGAAGAACAAGAAGAAGAAGAAGAACAGAGGCAUUACCGAGGAGUGAGAAGAAGGCCGUGGGGGAAAUUUGCAGCGGAGAUUAGGGAUCCAGCAAAGAAAGGAUCUCGGAUUUGGCUAGGGACAUUUGAAAGUAACGUUGAUGCCGCAAGAGCAUAUGACUGUGCAGCUUUCAAGCUCAGGGGAAGAAAAGCUGUGCUCAACUUUCCUCUAGACGCUGGCAAAUAUGAAGCUCCCGUGAAUUCAGGACGGAAAAGGAAGAGAAGUGAUGUGCAAGAGAAGCUCCAAAGAAGUCAGAGCAAUUCAUCUUCAUCGUCAAGUGAUGGAGGAACGACCUGUGAAUGAUUAAUUUAACAUUUAAAAGUGUGUGCAGUUUCGUUGUGCAAGUUAAUUGUACAGAAGAAGUGAAGUAUAGGUUAGUGUGCUAAGAACUCUUGCAACAAAUUUGUAUGAAUGUUCUGUUUCUUAA